AUGACUACAGUACAAAAGAUCAAAGCCAAAACCCAGAAGAAUAAGGCCACGAGCUACCAUCUGGGUCAACUCAAGGCUAAACUUGCAAAACUACGACGCGAGCUUAUAUCACCCUCUGGGGGAGGCGGAGGCGGGCCCGGUAUUGGUUUCGAUGUCGCUAGGACUGGUGUAGCGUCUGUCGGCUUCGUUGGAUUUCCAUCAUCAACUCUUAUGUCGAAGCUCACGGGCACGCACUCAGAAGUCUCGGAGAUCGAUUUCACAACGUUGACGACAGUCCCUGGUACUCUGAAAGUCCACGGUGCACCUAUACAAAUCCUUGAUUUGCCUGGAAUCAUCGAGGGGGCAAAUGAUGGUAGAGGUAGAGGUCGACAAGUCAUUGCCGUCGCUCGAACAUGCAACCUCAUUUUUAUUGUUUUGGAUGUCCUCAAGCCUUUGGGAGACAAAAAGAUUAUCGAGAGCGAGUUGGAAGGCUUUGGUAUUCGCUUGAAUAAAAAGCCUCCAGCCAUUUUGGUUCGCAAGAAGGACAAGGGCGGUAUCGCGAUCACCAAUACCGUUCCCCUGACGAAUAUCGACCAAGAAGAGAUCAAGGCAGUUCUCAGCGAGUACAAGCUCAGUAAUGUGGACGUUACUAUUCGGCAACCUAACAUGACGGCGGACGACCUGGUGGACGUCAUUGAAGGGAACAGAGUCUAUAUUCCUGCGCUCUAUGUUUUGAACAAGAUUGAUGCCAUCUCGAUAGAGGAAUUAGAUCUUCUGUACAAAAUUCCUUACAGCGUCCCAGUUUCAUCGAGAGAAUGGCUUAAUAUCGAUGAACUCACAGAAAAAAUGUGGGAGGCUCUCGAGCUUGUCCGCGUUUAUACCAAACCUCGUGGACAAUCACCUGACUACUCCGCUCCAGUCGUCCUCCGCAGAGGGAGAUGUAGUGUGGAGGAUUUUUGUAACGCUAUCCACAAGGAAAUUGCUAAGCAAAUGAAGUAUGCCGUUGUAUGGGGUGCAAGUGCCAAGCAUUCUCGAGGUCAAAAAGUUGGGUUGGACCACGUCUUAGAAGACGAGGACGUCGUUCAUAUCGCAAAAAAGUAG